AUGCUGGCUGGCACCAUGUUCUCCCUUCGCACCGCCGUGCGGAGAGCUUCCACCAGCAAGCCCCUCCGCGCGUUCUCCGCACAGCAGGCCGUUGCCUCUGCCAGACUCGCCUCUCCCUCUGCUCGCCACUCCCUCAAGGCGUCGGCGGUCCCCCUCCUGCAGAGUCGCUCCUACUCCCGUGCCUCGGACCCCCAGCUCUCCUCCACCCGGUCCACCGUCGUCCAGUUGCUGAGUAACAUUGGCUCGAAGCGCGAGGUCCAGCAGUACCUCUCCCACUUCACCUCCGUCUCGUCCCAGCAGUUCGCAGUCAUCAAGGUCGGCGGUGCCAUCAUUACCGAGCACCUCCACACCCUCUCCUCCGCUCUUGCCUUCCUGAACCAUGUCGGUCUCUACCCCAUCGUCGUCCACGGUGCCGGUCCCCAGCUCAAUCGCAUGCUGGAGGACGCCGGUGUCGAGCCACAAUUCGAGGACGGAAUCCGCGUGACCGAUGGAAAGACCCUGGCUCUCGCCAGGAAGCUGUUCAUGGAGGAGAAUCUCAAGCUGACCGAGGAGCUGGAGCGCAUGGGCGUUCGGGCGCGCCCCCUCAACGCGGGCGUCUUCACCGCCGAUUACUUGGACAAGGACAAGUACAACCUGGUUGGCAAGAUCAACGGCGUCAACAAGAAGCCCAUUGAGUCUGCCAUCGAGGCGGGCUGCCUCCCCAUCCUGACCUCCAUGGCUGAGACUCCUGAUGGUCAGGUUUUGAAUGUCAACGCUGAUGUCGCGGCCGGUGAGCUGGCGCGUGCGCUCCAGCCGCUCAAGAUCGUCUACCUCGCCGAGAAGGGUGGCCUGUUCAACGGUGACACGGGCGAGAAGAUCUCCGCGAUCAACCUGGACGAGGAGUACGAGCACCUGAUGAGCCAGUGGUGGGUGCGCCACGGUACUCGUCUGAAGAUCAAGGAGAUGAAGGACCUCCUCAGCGACCUGCCCCGCACCUCCAGUGUUGCCAUCAUCCACCCUGCCGACCUGCAGAAGGAGCUCUUUACCGACUCGGGAGCCGGUACUUUGAUCCGCAGAGGCAACAAGGUCCACACCAAGACCUCUCUCUCCGAGUUCGAGGACUUGGAGAAGUUCAAGGAGGUCCUGGUCCGCGAUCGCGAGGGACUGGAUGCCCGCGCCACCGUCGCCCGCUAUGUUGAGGGUCUGAAGGAGCGCGACUUCAAGGUCUACUACGACGAGCCCAUGGAGGCGUUGGCCGUUGUCCUGCCCCCCUCGAAGGAUGCUACCUCUUCCCUGGCCCACCUGGCCACUUUCACCAUCACCAAGGCCGGAUGGUUGACUAACGUCGCCGACAACGUCUUUGCUUCUAUCAAGAAGGAGUUCCCCAAGCUGGUCUGGACUGUCAAGGAGGACGAUGAGAACCUGACCUGGUUCUUUGACAAGGCUGAUGGCAGUCUCAGCCGCGAGGGAGAGGUCCUCUUCUGGUACGGCAUCGAGAGUGGUGAGGAGGUUAAGCAUCUGGUCCAGGAGUUCAACCAGCACGGUCGCCAGAUGUUCGGAGAUAUCAACCUCGAGUCGAGGCUGCACCGCGCCGCGCAAGCGGCCACCAACAUCGGUAAGGGAUUCGGCGCGAGCGGUGCUUCUGCUGAGCAGAAGCGCGCUUUCUCCACGGGCAAUGCUCUGCGGGCUGCUCGUUCGGGACGCCCCAUGGUCCCCGUUCAGGCUGUCAGGACCUACGCCACGACGAACCCCAACCCUCCCCUGGGUGAGAAGAACCGCUCCAACACCCAGCCCUCCAAGGUUGCUCUGAUCGGAGCCCGUGGCUACACUGGCCAGGCCCUGAUCAACCUGAUCAACUCCCACCCCCACCUCGACCUGCGCCACGUCUCUUCUCGCGAGCUGGCUGGCAAGGAGCUGCAGGGCUACGACAAGCGUGAGAUCAUCUACGAGAACCUGAGCCCCGAAGAUGUUAAGCGCAUGUCCACCAACGGAGAUGUUGACUGCUGGGUCAUGGCUCUGCCCAACGGUGUUUGCAAGCCGUUCGUUGAUGCCGUCGACCAGGGCUCCGAGACGGGCAACGUGAUCGUCGACCUGAGUGCCGAUUACCGGUUCGACAGCAAGUGGACCUACGGUCUCCCCGAGCUGGUCAGCCGUUCCAAGAUUGCCCAGGCCACCCGUAUCGCCAACCCCGGAUGCUACGCCACGGCCGCCCAGAUCGGAAUUGCCCCUCUUGUCCCCUACCUUGGCGGACAGCCCACUGUCUUCGGUGUCUCGGGAUACUCCGGAGCGGGCACCAAGCCCAGCCCCAAGAACGACGUGGACAACCUCACCAACAACAUCAUCGCCUACAGCUUGACGGACCACAUCCACGAGAAAGAGAUCAGCGCCCAGCUGGGAACUAGCGUUGCCUUCACCCCCCACGUUGCUGUCUGGUUCCAGGGUAUUCACCACACCAUCAGCAUUCCUCUGAAGGAGGAGAUGAGCUCUCGCGACAUCCGCAACCUCUACCAGGACCGUUACGCGGGCGAGAAGCUCGUGAAGAUCGUUGGCGAGCCUCCUUCGGUCAAGAACAUCGCCGGCCGCCACGGUGUUGAGGUCGGUGGCUUUGCCGUCCACUCCAGCGGCAAGCGUGUCGUUGUGUGCGCUACCAUCGACAACCUGCUGAAGGGAGCCGCCACCCAGUGUCUACAGAACAUGAACCUUGCCCUCGGCUACGGCGAAUACCAGGGCAUCCCCCUUGAAUAG